AUGUUAGUGACGGACAUAGGCUCUGACAGCCUAAUAGAUAGUCUCAUUAGCGACCGAAUUCGGGAGUUGAAUAAAAAUCCUGCUGAUAUUCGCCAUGACCUACCGUUCUUGGUUGCUGAUACAAGUCGCAUUUUUGAGCAACACCAACGCUGGCUCAGAUGCCUCCCCAACGUUACACCAUUCUACGCCGUAAAAUGUAAUUCUGACGUACGGCUUCUUCGCUAUCUCGCGAGGUUAGGCGUCGGCUUCGAUUGCGCCUCAUGGGGAGAGAUGAAACUUGUCCUUGACUUAGGGGGCGAUCCAUCAAGGGUCAUCUUCGCUCAUCCGUGCAAAGCAGUGUCCGCAUUGCAGAUGGCCGCCAGGCGAGGCGUGCCGCGCACGACAUUUGACAACGUCGAUGAACUGGAGAAGAUAAAGGCCAAUGCUCCCAGUUUACGGUUACUACUCCGUAUAUAUGCCGACGAUGAUACCGCUCUUGUUUCUCUUGGGAACAAGUUCGGAGCGCCACUAGAUACAACCAAGGCGUUGCUUCUGAGAGCAAGGGACCUAGGGCUAACGGUAGAGGGAGUUAGCUUUCAUAUCGGAUCCGGAGCAUCAAACUCAGAGGCCUUUGUCACAGCUGUAGAAAACGCGAAACGGGUAUUCCAGCAAGGCAAGCAGCUUGGGUUUAAAAUGCGCCUCCUAGACAUCGGAGGCGGGUUCCAAGACUCUAACUUUGAAGCAAUGGCCGCGACACUGCAACGAGUUAUCGACAAGGAAUUCCCGAAAUCAACUCAGUUGAUGGCCGAGCCUGGCCGCUACUACGCGCGGAGCUUCUAUACUAUGGCAUGUAAGGCGACUUCGCGCCGGAAGCAAAUUGGACAGGAUCGCUCAACGAAGGCCGACAUGCUAUACUUAAAUGAUGGGAUAUACGGAUGUUUCAUGAAUGCUAUUAUGGAGAAUGAGGUUUAUACUCCUACACUUAUCCGACAGGGGAUGGAGCAUGAUUCAGAGAGAGAGGUUGGGGCGCAUCGGUAUUCUGUUUGGGGUCCAACAUGCGAUGGAUUUGACUGUAUUGCCAAAGAAGCUAUGAUGGCGUGUGAGGUAAAGGUGGGGGAUUGGUUGAAAUUUGACAACAUGGGAGCAUACACGGUGGCCACUUCUACUCAGUUCAAUGGGUUCUCAAAUCACUACGAUGUUAUAUAUGUUGAUGACCAUGUUCCACUGAGACCCGAUAGAGAGGUUACGGAUGGUACAAAACGGUCCAGGUCAGAAGCUCUUUUAUAG